UGUGUGUCUUGGAUAGCAACAUAUGGAUGGAGUGUUUGCAAAGUUUCGUCAUUUAAAACUUAAAGGACUUUAUUUUAUUAUUCGAACGUGCUUGAACCGCUGUCAAAUGUUUGACUGAAAUUACAAAUUGGAAUUGAAGGUUUCAAAAUUAUUUACGAGCGACAUAUUUCGGACUUUUUAAACUUUUAAUCAAUAUGUGUGUAUUUUUUGUUCUGACUGACAUGUGUAAUUUGAUUUGAAGAACAAAAACAUAAUCACCUACCAUAGUCUAAUAGAGUUCAUGUGACUACUAUUCGAUACAUAUACAUUUUACAUCCAAAAGUUGGAAUCAUAUGGGAAAAUGAGAAAUUAUAACAAACAUGGAUGUGUGACAAUUAUGGUUUGUGACCGGAGCUUAAAUCACUAUUAACUUAGUCAGUCAAUGUGUAACCCUAGCGUUCAACCGAAAACAAUAUCAGCUUUUAUCGUGCGUCCAAGUUGAUAAAUAGGGAUUCAAAAGCGUCGCAUCACGACAUUAAGAACACUAUUCCUGACAUAGAAUGUGGACACUGUUUAGUGAGUGAUCUUAUGAGAUAAAGGAUCCUAUCAUUUCUGCAAGAGAUAUAUUCAGGACAUUCUUGAGAUAUAUUGAGGGCAACACUAUUCCGAAUAGAUAUUCAGGACACGACCAUUUUUGAGAGAUAUUCAGGACACAACCUUUUUGAGAGAUAAUUAGGAAACCACCAUUUCUGAGAGAUAAUUAGGACACCACCAUUUCUGAGAGAUAAUUAGGACACCACCAUUUCUGAGAGAUAAUUAGGACACCACCAUUUCUGAGAGAUUAUUAGGACACCACCAUUUCUGAGAGAUAAUUAGGACACCACCAUUUCUGUAAGAUAAUUAGGACACCACCAUUUCUGAGAGAUAAUUAGGACACCACCAUUUCUGAGAGAUAAUUAGGACACCACCAUUUCUGAGAGAUUAUUAGGACACCACUAUUUCUGAGAGAUAUUCAGGACACCAUUCCUUAGCGAAUAAAAUGGAUCGUAUAAAUGUAAGUCGUUUGUCAUUUCGACGCAAAGGGAGUCACAAAAAGGAUAAACAUCGACAAGAACAUUUCGAAAACAGCAGUGAGGAUAUACCAAGGAUCAAAUACAUCAGUCAGACUGAAGCUCAGAGCAUUGAUCAACAGCUGUUUACGGAAUAUGCCUUCAGUGUUGACCAACUUAUGGAACUGGCCGGUUAUAGCUGCGCCGUUGCAAUAGCGAAGUGUUAUCCCGUCGAAGAGAUGACAAAAGACAACCACGCCGUGUUGGUUUGUUGUGGUCCGGGAAAUAACGGAGGGGAUGGUUUGGUGUGUUCGAGACAUCUUAAAAUGUUUGGCUACAAGCCGACCAUUUUCUACCCGAAGCGGCCAUCCAAACCCCUGUUCGAAGCGUUGUAUCAGCAAUGUGAAGGGAUGGGCAUGCCUGUUUUAUCCUUCUUCCCAUCGGAAGCUCACCUUAUAACCGACUCGUACAACUUCGUUGUUGAUGCCUUGUUUGGAAUUAAUUUUAAAGCCCCCAUGAGACCGGAAUUUGAACCAGUCAUGGAGACGCUGAAAAAGGUUGAGUCCCCCAUUUGCAGCAUUGAUGUCCCCUCAGGAUGGGACAUUGAAAAAGGCAACGCUAACGGUCUACAACCCGAAAUGCUUAUCUCGCUAACUGCUCCUAAAUUGUGUGCUCACCUUUUCAAAGGAAAGCAUCACUAUCUUGGCGGGAGAUUCGUCCCGCGUACGUUGGAGCAGAAAUACGAGCUGAACCUGCCGCCUUAUCCUGGUACUGACUGUGUGGUCGAGUUAAAGGAUUCUCAAGACGACGGCAACGCCUAGUGUCUUCUAUGAGACAGGAAACAGUCGUCUAUUGUCUGUGUGCAUUUCUUUUUAAUUGCUAGCUUUGUUCUUUCAUUUUGUCUUGAGCAGUAUAAUAAUUUAUCAUAUGUGAACAAUGGAGAAAGCGAUAUAUCGAUACAUUUCUACGAGUAAACUGUGUUGAUUAAAAAGAAGUUAUCAAGUUUACGGCAUAAGGAUAUGCGAUAUUUUCAGUUGCCAUUGUAUGAUGUAAUGCAGAUUUUAUAUGUGUCAAUUUUUAUCAGAAAGAAAUACGACAUUCAAUUCAGUGAGUUAAAUUAAUAAAGUGACCUAUUUUAUUUUCGCCUUUUUUUAAAUGUGUGUCAGAUUAUAUUCAUAUGUUAAGUAUUUUUUUAAAACUUUUUGGCUGUAUGAUGGGCAAUA